AUGGGAUGCACCACCAGCGUGGUUCUCCUGGAGGGGCUGCGCUCCAUCCUUCAGAGGAACUGUAGCUAUGUAAAGGGCACGGUGGAGCUGGGAGCUCUGGAAGAGGACGAGGAAACGCUGAGUUUUAGAGGAUCUCAUCUGUGGAUUCCAAGCACUGCUUUGGUCAAACCAAAGAUCAUAGAGCCUCUGGACUAUGAAAAUGUUCUCCUGCAGAGGAAGACCCAGAUCGUCAGCGAUGUUCUUCGCGAUAUGUUGCAGUUCCCCACAGACGACUUUCAGAUUUCCACCCUGCGGCGCCAGGGCCGGACUCUGCUCUCCACUGUGCCAGAGACCGCUGAGAAAGAAGCUCACUCUCUGUUUGUUCAAGAGUGCAUCAAAACAUACAAGUCUGACUGGCACGUGGUCAACUACAAGUAUGAGGAGUAUUCUGGAGACUUCCGCCAGCUUCCAAACAAGGUGUUGAGGCCUGAGAAACUGGCUGCUCACGUGUUCGAGGUUGACGAAGACGUGGAAAAAGACGAGGAUGCGGCCUCUCUUGGAUCCCAGAAAGGAGGAGUGUCUAAACACGGCUGGCUAUACAAAGGCAACAUGAAUAGUGCGAUUAGUGUCACUAUGAGGUCCUUCAAAAGGAGGUACUUCCAUCUUGCUCAACUGGGCGAUGGAUCGUACAACCUCAACUUCUACAAAGACGAAAACACCUCCAAGGAGCCCAAAGGAACCAUUUUUCUUGACUCAUGCAUGGGGGUUAUUCAGAAUAGCAAAGUGCGUCGAUUCGCCUUUGAGCUGAAGAUGCAGGAUAAGAGCACAUUCCUGCUGGCUGCAGACAGCGAAGCAGAAAUGGAGGAGUGGAUCAGCACCCUCAACAAGAUUCUCCACAGCAGCUUUGAACAGGCCAUGCAGGAGAAGAGGAAUGGAGACCUGAUUGAUGAUGAGGAGCAGGGAAAAACAGACCUUUCUUCUGGAAGUUUUCAAGACACCUUCCAGACAGCCAGAGACAUUGAAUCUAAAAUGAGGAGCGAAGCUCGGCUCAAGCUGUUCACUCUGGAUCCUGACACACAGAAACUGGACUUUUCUGGCAUCGAACCAGACGUGCGUCCGUUUGAGGAGAAGUUCGGAAAGAGAGUCCUUGUCAGCUGCCACAACCUAUCGUUCAACCUUCAGGGUUGCAUCUCAGAAAAUGAAGAGGGACCAACAACGAAUGUCGAGCCUUUUUAUGUGGUCCUGUCCCUGUUUGAUGUCCAGAACAGUAGAAAGAUCUCAGCUGACUUUCAUGUGGAUCUCAACCAUCCUUUAGUCCGACAAAUGAUCUGUGGUCUUGAUGACACAUCGGAUUCCCAAAUCAUCAGUGAAGGUCUAUUCGAAGGCCAGAAGCGGACACUUCACUAUCCCAAACAUGGGGUGUUCUCAGUAACCUGCCCACAUCCGGAGAUCUUCCUGGUGGCAAGGAUCGAGAAGGUCUUACAAGGAGGGAUCACCCACUGCACUGAACCCUAUAUGAAGAGCUCCGACUCUACCAAAAUUGUUCAGAAAGUGUUGAAGAAUGCCAAGACAGCAUGUGGCAGACUGGGACAGUACAGGAUGCCGUUUGCCUGGGCUGCGAGGCCUCUGUUUAAAGAUGCAUCAGGGACUCUUGACAAAAAUUCUCGCUUCUCAGCUCUUUACCGACAGGACAGCAGCAAACUGUCAGACGAGGACAUGUUCAAACUGCUCACUGACUUCAGAAAACCAGAGAAAAUGGCCAAACUCCCUGUGCUCUUAGGGAACUUAGAUGUAACUAUUGAUAACGUGGCACCGGAUGUAACCAACUGCGUCACUUCCUCUUACAUUCCUGUAAGAAACUUUGAAGAGAACGGUUCUGGGAGCGCUCUUCUGGAGGUGGAGGAGUUUGUGCCUUGUAUUGCUAAGUGUGCCCAACCCUUCACCAUCUAUAAGAACCAUCUGUAUGUUUACCCCAAGCAUCUCAAGUAUGACGGGCAGAAAUCAUUUGCAAAGGCGAGGAACAUUGCUGUUUGUAUCGAAUUUAAGGAUUCUGAUGAGGAUGAAGCCCAGCCAUUGAAGUGCAUCUAUGGGCGUCCUGGAGGACCUCUGUUCACGAAGCACGCAUACGCAGCCGUCCUACACCACCAGCAGAACCCUGAGUUCUACGAUGAGAUAAAGAUAGAGCUGCCUACUCAGCUGCAUGAGAAGCAUCACCUUCUCUUCACCUUCUAUCACGUCAGCUGUGAAAACAACAGCAAGAAGAAAGACAUGGUGGAAACUCCUGUGGGUUCAGCUUGGCUGCUUCUGCUGAGAGACGGAGGCCGAGUUAUCAUGAAUGAACAGCAGCUUCCCGUGGCUGCAAAUCUACCUGCCGGGUACCUCAGCUUCCAGGACAACAAGCAGUCUGGCAUGGAGAUUAAAUGGGUGGAUGGUGGGAAAUCCCUGUUCACUGUCUCAACCCACCUUGUUUCCACGGUUUACACUCAGGAUCAACAUUUACACAACUUCUUCCACCACUGUCAAAGCAUGGAGGUGUCCGAACAAGCUUCAGAGGGCGAUCUGGUCAAAUACCUGAAGAGUCUUCAUGCGAUGGAAGGUCAUGUGAUGGUUAACUUUCUGCCCACCGUCCUCAACCAGCUGUUUUGCGUUCUCACCAGGGCCACGCAUGAGGAUGUGGCUGUCAACGUUACCAGGGUAAUGGUUCAUGUGGUAGCACAGUGUCACGAGGAGGGGCUUGAACAUUACUUGAGAUCCUAUCUGAAGUUUGUGUUCAAGCCAGAGCCUUAUUCCUCCAUGUGUGUAAAAACGGUUCACGGGGAGCUGGCUAAGGCCAUGACAGCCAUUCUCAAACCAUCCACGGACUUCUUAACAAGCAACAAACUGUUGAAGCACUCGUGGUACUUUUUUGAAGCUCUGGUGAAAUCCAUGGCUUAUUAUCUUAUAGAGGGCGGGAAAGUAAAGCUUUCAAGGAACCAACGUUUUUCUGCUUCCUUCUACCAUGCUGUGGAGACUCUGGUCAAUAUGCUGAUGCCGCACAUCACCCAGAAAUACAAGGACAACCUGGAUGCUUCUCGCAAUGCCAAUCACAGCCUGGCUGUUUUCAUCAAGCGAUGCUUCACGUUCAUGGACAGAGGGUUUAUAUUCAAGCAGAUCAACAACUACAUGAACUGCUUUGUCCCAGGUGACCCCAAGACUUUGUUUGAGUUUAAGUUCGAGUUCCUGCGGGUUGUUUGCAACCAUGAGCACUAUGUGCCUCUCAAUCUGCCCAUGCCCUUCGGAAAAGGCCGAAUUCAGAGGUUUCAAGAUCUCCAGCUGGACUAUUCCCUGACUGACGACUUCUGUCGAAACCACUUUCUGGUGGGCUUGCUGCUGCGGGAGGUGGGCGCGGCGCUUCAGGAGCACAGAGAGAUCCGACACAUUGCCGUCCAGGUGCUCAAGGGACUACAAAUUAAACACACGUUUGACGACCGCUACGUUGCUAAAAGCCACCAAGCGAGACUCGCCACCCUCUACCUGCCUCUGUUCGGCCUUCUUCAGGAGAACGUUUACAGACUUGACGUCAAGGAUUCAGCUCCUCUCUGCAACCACAAUAACAUGAGGGAGGACUCGCUGGUACCAAACGCCACGGUGACUCCUCAGAAACCUGGGAGUUGCAUAGAAAACGCUCUCCACAAAGAUGUGUUUGGGGUCAUCUCUGGAACAGCGUCACCUCACAGCUCCACUCCUAACGUGAGCUCAGUCCAUCACGCAGACUCCAGAGGCUCUCUGGCCUCCACCGACUCUGCCAGCAGCCUUCAGGAUAAGAGCAGUGACAAGACCAACUCACUGGAGAAGAGCUCCCACUCUCCUUCUCCCUGCUCCACCACCACCCAGCGAAAGGAGAGGUUUACCAGGAGGCACUCGGUCAACGUGCUGCCCCUCUUCCUUGACGCUGACGAGCGGGAUGAGCCUGUGAACCGGGCUGCAAAGCGGGUCACCAUGGACUUUUCUCUGCUCGCUGUGCCUCUGCCUGACCUGCAGCUGGACGGUGGGAAUGGCAAAGCAGCUGCAGGCCGAAGGGUGGAUGGAACUUGGGAAGAAAAUACCCCCAUACAAAACCAGUGUGUAUCGGCGCUGGGCAGCACCGUGCUGCGCUGCGACAAACUGGACCGAGACGAGAUCCGCAACCUGCUCAUGUGCUUCCUGCACAUCCUGAAGAGUAUGUCAGAAGAGGCCCUGUUUGCUUACUGGAACAAAGCGGCUCCAUCAGAUUUAAUGGACUUCUUUACAUUAAUAGAAAUCUGCCUCCAUCAGUUCAGAUACAUGGGGAAGAGAUUCAUUGCCAGGAGCCAGGAGGGCGUGGGACCUGUAGCUGCAGACAGGAAAUCUCUCACUCUGCCUGUGUCUCGUAACAGGACAGGGAUUUUGCAUGCUCGCCUGCAGCAACUGGGAACUCUGGAGAGUGCUCAUACCAUCAACAACAUGUUCUCCCACACAGAGGCAGAUGUAAACAGUCAGAGCCUGCUGGAGGCCAACGUCUCUACAGAGGUCUGUCUGACGGUGCUGGACACACUCAGCACCUUCAUCAUGGGGUUCAAGACCCAGCUGACUUCAGAUCUAGGUCACAACCCCCUGAUGAAGAAGGUCUUCCAGGUGCACCUGUGCUUCCUGCAGAUCUCGCAGUCAGAAGCGGCUCUCAAGCAGGUCUUCGCCUCACUCCGGACCUUGAUUUACAAGUUCCCCUGUGCCUUCUUCGACGGCCGUGCCGACAUGUGCGCCUCUCUGUGCUACGAAAUCCUCAAGUGCUGUAACUCCAAGCUGAGCUCUAUCCGCAGCGACGCCGCUCACCUGCUCUACUUCCUCAUGAAGAGCAACUUCGACUACACUGGCCGCAGGUCGUUUGUGCGAACGCACCUGCAGGUGGUCAUUGCUGUCAGUCAGCUGAUAGCUGAUGUGAUCGGCAUUGGGAGCACCCGUUUCCAGCAGUCCCUUUCUAUUGUCAACAACUGCGCCAACAGCGACAAGAGCAUUAAACAUACGGCAUUUCCUUCAGAUGUGAAGGACCUGACCAAGCGCAUCCGGACCGUGCUGAUGGCCACGGAGCAGAUGAAGGAGCACGAGAACGACCCCGAGAUGCUGGUGGACCUGCAGUACAGCUUGGCCAAGUCCUACACCAGCACCCCCGAGCUCCGCAAGACCUGGCUGGACAGCAUGGCUCGUAUCCACAACAAGAACGGCGAUCUCUCCGAGGCAGCCAUGUGUUUUGUACAUGUUGCUGCUCUGGUUUCCGAGUACCUGUGGAGAAAAGGUAUGUUUCGGCAGGGCUGCUCUGUUUUCCGGGUCAUCACUCCAAACAUCGACGAGGAGGCAGCCAUGAUGGAGGACGUAGGGAUGCAGGAUGUCCACUUCAGUGAGGAGGUGCUGCUGGAGCUGCUGGAGGAGUGUGCUGAUGGUUUGUGGAAAGCUGAGCGUUACGAGCUCAUUGCUGACGUCUACAGACUCAUCAUUCCCAUCUACGAAGAGCGCAGGGACUUUGAGAAACUAACCCACCUGUACGAUACGCUCCACCGGGCCUAUACGAAAGUGAUGGAGGUGAUGCACACCGGCAAGAGGCUGCUGGGAACUUACUUCAGAGUGGCCUUCUUUGGACAGGCUGCGGGCUUUUUUGAGGAUGAAGAUGGAAAGGAAUACAUCUACAAGGAGCCCAAGUUUACUCCACUAUCUGAAAUUUCCCAAAGGCUUCUCAAGCUCUACUCGGACAAAUUUGGUCAAGAGAACGUGAAAAUCAUACAAGAUUCUGGCAAGGUGAACCCCAAGGACCUUGACUUAAAAUACGCCUACAUUCAGGUGACGCAUGUCACCCCCUACCUAGACGACAAGGAGCUGGAGGACAGGAAGACCGACUUUGAGAAGAGCCAUAACAUCAGGCGCUUUGUGUUCGAGACGCCGUUCACAGUAUCGGGCAAAAAGCAGGGAGGCGUGGAGGAGCAGUGUAAACGACGGACCAUUCUUACAACAACCCACUGUUUUCCUUACGUUAAGAAGCGUAUAGCCGUUAUGUACCAACACCAGACAGACCUGAGCCCCAUAGAAGUGGCCAUAGAUGAGAUGAGUGCUAAGGUGGCUGAACUACGACUGUUGUGCUCAGCCUCCGAGGUGGACAUGAUCCGUCUGCAACUCAAAUUGCAGGGCAGCAUCAGCGUGCAGGUGAAUGCAGGGCCUCUUGCAUAUGCCAGAGCCUUCCUAGAUGACAGCAGUGCCAAGAAAUAUCCAGACAACAAGGUCAAACAGCUUAAAGAAGUCUUCAGACAGUUUGUGGAUGCUUGCGGACAGGCGCUGGGGGUGAAUGAGCGGUUGAUUAAAGAAGACCAACAAGAAUAUCAUGAUGAGAUGAAGGCCAACUACAGAGACGUGAUAAGGGAGCUGUCAAACAUUAUGCACGAACAGAUAACCCCAUCGGAGGACGGUACCAGGAGUACUCUGUCCGACUCUAUGGGCAUCUUCAACGCCAUCAGUGGCACCCCGACCUCCACCACACACGGCCCAACCAUCCUUUGAGAGGGAUGUUUCAUGCCACCGACUGCUUAAGUUAUCCAAGGGAUCAAUUGGGAUGCAUUUACAGACUUUACCAUAACCUACUUCAGACAUUUUGGGGGGUAUUUCCCCCCUUUUCCUAUUUUUCUCCAU